GUGAACUGUAUGCUCCCCGUGCAUCCGGGACCUUAUUCUGGCCCCCGCGGGGUGGGGAGUGGUGUAACUUAGCAGCUGUGGCUGCUUUGGCUGGCUCCGGACCAGUUAGCAGGACGCAGAGUCUGCGUGGAAACGCUCUAGGGAGCUGUCCGGAGCUGUAGUGGGGCCCAGGUUGGUGGGUGCGGUAGAUGAGUGACCUCCGCUGGUUGCCAGGCUUGGUCUAGAAGCGGAGCACAGUGAAAGAAUUCAAGAUGCCACCUAAUAUAAACUGGAAAGACUUAAUGAAAGUUGACCCAGAUGAUCUACCUCGUCAGGAAGAACUGGCAGACAAUUUAUUGAUUUCCUUAUCCAAGGUGGAAGUAAAUGAGCUAAAAAAUGAAAAUCAAGAAAAUGUAAUACACCUUUUCAGAAUUACUCAGUCACUGAUGAAGAUGAAAGCUCAAGAAGUAGAGCUAGCUUUGGAAGAAGUUGAAAAAGCUGGAGAAGAACAAGCAAAAUUUGAGAAUCAGUUAAAAACUAAAGUCAUGAAACUGGAAAAUGAACUGGAGAUGGCUCAGCAGUCUGCUGGUGGACGGGACACUCGGUUUUUACGUGAUGAAAUUCGCCAACUUGAAAAACAAUUGGAACAAAAAGAUAGAGAAUUGGAGGACAUAGAAAAGGAGCUGGAGAAGGAGAAGAAAGUUAAUGAACAAUUGGCUCUUCGAAAUGAAGAGGCAGAAAAUGAAAACAGCAAAUUAAGAAGAGAGAAUGAACAGCUUCGUCAGGAUAUUAUGGAUUACCAGAAACAAAUAGAUUCACAGAAAGAAACACUUUUAUCAAGAAGAGGGGAAGACAGUGACUACCGAUCACAGUUGUCUAAAAAAAACUAUGAACUUGUCCAAUAUCUAGAUGAAAUUCAGACUUUAACAGAAGCUAAUGAGAAAAUUGAAGUUCAGAAUGAAGAAAUGAGAAAAAAUCUGGAAGAGUCUGUACAAGAAAUGGAGAAGAUGACUGAUGAAUAUAAUAGGAUGAAAGCUAUUGUGCAUCAGACAGAUAAUAUAAUGGACCAGUUAAAAAAAGAAAAUAAUCAUUAUCGACUUCAAGUGCAGGAGCUUACAGAUCUUUUGAAAGCAAAAAAUGAAGAAGAUGAUCCAGUCAUGGUAGCUGUCAAUGCAAAAGUAGAAGAAUGGAAGUUAAUUUUGUCUUCUAAAGAUGAUGAAAUUAUUGAAUAUCAGCAAAUGUUACAUAACCUGAGGGAAAAACUUAAAAAUGCACAGCUUGAUGCUGAUAAAAGUAAUAUUAUGGCACUACAACAGGGUGUACAGGAAAGGGACAGUCAAAUUAAGAUGCUCACUGAGCAAGUAGAACAAUAUACAAAAGAAAUGGAAAAAAGUACUUUUAUUAUUGAAGAUUUGAAAAAUGAGCUCCAAAGAAACAAAGGUGCUUCAGCCCUUUCUCAACAGACUUGUUAUAUGAAAAUUCAGUCAAAGAUACAAAUUUUAGAAGGGAAAACUAAAGAGGCCGAGAGAACAGCUGAACUUGCUGAGGCUGAUGCUAGGGAAAAGGAUAAAGAAUUAGUUGAGGCGCUGAAGCGAUUAAAAGAUUAUGAAUCGGGAGUAUAUGGCUUGGAAGAUGCUGUUAUUGAAAUAAAGAAUUUAAAAAACCAAAUUAAAAUAAGAGAUCGAGAGAUUGAAGUAUUGACAAAGGAAAUCAAUAAGCUUGAGUUGAAGAUCAAUGAUUUCCUUGAUGAAAACGAGGCACUUAGAGAGCGAAUGGGCCUUGAACCAAAGACAAUGAUUGAUUUAACUGAAUUUAGAAAUAGUAAACGCUUAAAACAGCAGCAGUACAGAGCUGAAAACCAGAUUCUUUUGAAAGAGAUUGAAAGUCUGGAAGAGGAACGACUUGAUCUGAAAAAAAAGAUUCGUCAAAUGGCUCAAGAAAGAGGAAAAAGAAGUGCAACUUCAGGAUUAACCAUUGAGGACCUGAACCUAAUUGAAAAUAUUUCUCAAGAAGAUAGAUUAGGACCAACAAAAUUUAAAAAUAUGAGUGAAGCACAAUCAAAGAGUGAAUUUCUUUCAAAAGAACUAAUCGAAAAGGAAAGAGAUUUAGAGAAAAGUAGGAUGGUUAUAGUCAAAUUUCAGAGUAAAUUGAAAGAAUUAUUUCAAGAAAAUAAGCAACUAGAAGAAGGUAUGAAAGAAAUAUUACAAGCUAUUAAGGAAAUGCAGAAAGAUUCUGAUGUUAAAGGAGGAGAAACAUCCCUUAUUAUUCCUAGUCUUGAGAGACUAGUUAAUGCUAUAGAAUCAAAGAAUGCAGAAGGAAUCUUUGAUGCCAGUCUACAUUUGAAAGCUCAAGUUGAUCAACUUACUGGAAGAAAUGAAGAAUUAAGACAGGAGCUCAGGGAAUCUCGGAAAGAAGCUAUAGAUUAUUCGCAGCAGUUGGCAAAAGCAAAUUUAAAGAUAGAUCAUCUUGAAAAAGAAACCAAUCUUUUACGACAAACACAAGGAUCAAACGUUGUAUUUAAAGGAGUAGAUUUACCUGAUGGGAUAACACCAUCUAGUGCCAAUAUUAUUAAUUCUCAGAAUGAAUAUUUAAUACAUCUCCUACAGGAGCUAGAAAAUAAAGAAGAGAAGUUAAAAAGUUUAGAAGACUCUCUUGAAGACUAUAACCGAAAAUUCGCAGUAAUUCGUCAUCAACAAAGCUUGUUAUAUAAAGAAUAUCUAAGUGAAAAGGAAACCUGGAAAACAGAAUCUGAUACAAUAAAAGAGGAAAAGAGAAAGCUUGAGGAUCAAAUCCAACAAGAUACAAUAAAAGUAAAAGAAUAUAAUAAUUUGCUCAAUGCUCUUGAGACGGAUUCAGAUGAAAUGAGAAAGAUACUUUCAGAAAAUAGUAGAAAAAUUACUGUUUUGCAAGUGAAUGAAAAAUCACUCAUAAGGCGAUAUACAACCUUAGCAGAAAUAGAACGACAACUUAGAAAAGAAAAUGGGAAACAAAAGAAUGAGUUGUUGUCAAUGGAGGCUGAAGUUUGUGAAAAAAUUGGAUGUUUGCAAAGAUUUAAGGAAAUGGCCAUUUUCAAGAUGGCUGCUCUCCAAAAAGUUGUAGAUAAUAGUGUCUCUUUGUCCGAACUAGAACUGGCCAAUAAACAAUACAAUGAACUGACUGCUAAGUACAGGGAUAUCUUGCAGAAAGAUAAUAUGCUUGUUCAAAGAACAAAUAACUUGGAACACCUAGAGUGUGAAAAUACCUCCUUAAAAGAACAAAUGGAGUCUAUAAAUAAAGAACUGGAGAUAACCAAGGAAAAACUUCACACUAUUGAACAGGCCUGGGAACAAGAAACUAAAUUAGGAAAUGAAUCUCACAUGGAUAAGGCAAAGAAAUCAAUAACCAACAGUGACAUUGUUUCUAUUUCAAAAAAAAUAACUAUGUUGGAAAUGAAGGAAUUAAAUGAAAGGCAGCGGGCUGAACAUUGUCAAAAAAUGUACGAACACUUAACGACUUCAUUAAAGCAAAUGGAAGAACGUAAUUUUGAAUUGGAAACCAAAUUUGCUGAGCUUACCAAAAUCAACUUGGAAGCACAGAAGGUGGAACAGACUUUAAGAGAUGAAUUAGCUGAUAGUGUGAGCAAAGCAGUAAGUGAUGCUGAUAGGCGACGGAUUCUAGAGUUAGAGAAGAAUGAAAUGGAACUAAAAGUUGAAGUGUCAAAACAGAGAGAGAUUUCUGAUAUUGCCAGAAGGCAAGUUGAAAUUUUGAAUGCACAACAGCAGUCCAGGGAAAAUGAGGUCAAGUCCCUCAGAAUGCAACUGCUGGACUAUCAGGCACAAUCUGAUGAAAAGGCACUAAUUGCCAAGUUGCACCAAUCUAUUGUCUCUCUUCAAAUUAGUGAGGCUACUGCUGUUGGUAAGUUGGAGUCAGUUACAUCUAAGUUGAAGAAAGUGGAAGCCUACAAUUUGCGCUUAGAGCAGAAACUUGACGAAAAGGAACAAGCUCUGUAUUACGCUCGUUUUGAGGGGAGAAACAGAGCAAAACAUCUACGCCAAACAAUUCAAUCUCUACGACGACAGUUUAGCGGAGCUUUACCCUUGGCACAACAGGAAAAGUUCUCUAAAAUCAUGAUUCAACUACAAAAUGACAAAAUAAAGAUAAUGCAAGAAAUGAAAAAUUCUCAACAAGAACAUAGAAAUAUGGAGAACAAAACAUUGGAGUUGGAAUUAAAGUUAAAGGGUCUAGAGGAGUUACUAAGCACUUUGAAGGAUGCCAGGGGAGCCCAAAAGGUUAUCAAUUGGCAUAUGAAAAUAGAAGAACUUCGUCUACAAGAGCUUAAACUAAAUCGAGAAUUAGUUAAAGAUAAAGAGGAAAUAAAAUAUUUGAAUAACAUAAUUUCUGAAUAUGAACAUACAAUUAGCAGCCUAGAGGAAGAAAUUGUACAGCAGAACAAGUUUCAUGAAGAAAGACAAAUGGCUUGGGAUCAAAGAGAAGUUGAGCUAGAACGUCAAUUAGACAUUUUUGACCGUCAGCAAAAUGAAAUACUAAAUGCGGCACAAAAGUUUGAAGAGGCUACAGGAUCAAUACCAGACCCUAGUUUGCCCCUCCCAAAUCAACUUGAGAUUGCACUGAGAAAAAUUAAGGAGAACGUUCGAAUAAUUGUAGAAACAAGGGCAACUUGCAAAUCACUAGAAGAGAAGCUAAAAGAAAAAGAAUCUGCUUUAAAGUUAGCAGAGCAGAAUAUUCUGUCAAGAGACAAAGUAAUCAAUGAACUGAGGCUUCGACUCCCUGCUACCGCAGAAAGAGAAAAGCUUAUAGCUGAGCUAGGCAGAAAAGAAGUGGAACCAAAAUCUCAUCACAUGUUGAAAAUUGCUCAUCAAACCAUUGCAAACAUGCAAGCAAGGUUAAAUCAAAAGGAACAAGUGUUAAAGAAGUAUCAACAUCUUCUAGAAAAAGCCAGAGAGGAGCAAAGAGAAAUUGUUAGGAAACAUGAGGAAGACCUUCAUAUUCUUCAUCAUAAAUUAGAACUACAGGCUGAUAGUUCACUUGAUAAAUUCAAGCAAACAGCUUGGGAUUUAAUAAAACAGUCACCCACUCCAGUUCCUACCAACAAGCAUUUCAUUCGUCUGGCUGAGAUGGAACAGACAGUAGCAGAACAAGAUGACUCUCUCUCCUCACUUAUGGUAAAACUAAAGAAAGUGUCACAAGAUUUAGAGAGACAAAGAGAAAUCAAUGAAUUAAAAGUCAAAGAAUUUGAAAAUAUCAAACUACGGCUCCAACAAAACCAUGCAGAUGAAAUGAAAAAAGUAAAAGCGGAAGUAGAAGAUUUAAGGUGUCUUCUCGCCCAGUCACAGAAAGAGUCACAGAGUUUAAAAUCUGAACUUCAGGCUCAAAAAGAAGCAAAUUCCAGGGCUCCAACAACUACCAUGAGAAAUCUAGUAGAUCGGCUGAAGAGCCAAUUGGCCUUGAAAGAGAAACAACAGAAAGCACUAAGUCGAGCACUUUUGGAACUCCGGGCAGAAAUGACAGCAGCAGCUGAGGAACGUAUUAUUUCUGCAACUUCUCAGAAAGAAGCACAUCUCAACAUUCAACAAAUCGUUGACCGACAUACUAAAGAGCUAAAGUCACAAAUUGAAGAUUUAAGUGAAAAUCUUUUAAAACUGAAAGAAGCUCUUAAAACAAGUAAAAAUAGAGAAAACUCACUAGCUGAUAAUUUGAAUGACUUAAACAAUGAGCUACAAAGAAACCAAAAAGCCUAUAAUAAAAUACUUAGAGAGAAAGAUGGGAUUGAUCAAGAAAAUACUGAACUGAAAAGGCAAAUCAAAAGAUUAGCCAGUGGAUUACAGGGUAAGACUUUGGUAGAUAAUAAACAAAGUUUAAUUGAAGAACUCCAAAAGAAAGUAAAAAACCUAGAAAGCCAACUGGAAAGAAAAGCGGAUGAAAUAGACACAAAACCUAUAAAAGAAAAGAGUUCUAGAGAAGAAUUAAUUAGAUGGGAAGAAGGUAAAAAAUGGCAAACCAAAAUGGAAGGAGUGCGAAGCAAAUUAAAGGAGAAAGAGGGGGAGGUCAGUUCUCUGACGAAGCAGUUGAGUACUUUGAAGGACCUUUUUGCAAAAGUUGAUAAAGAGAAACUUACUUUGCAAAGGAAACUAAAGACGACCGGCAUGACUGUUGACCAAGUUAUCAGAGUACGCGCUUUGGAGUCAGAAAAAGAAUUGGAAGAGUUAAAGAAGAGAAAUGUUGACUUACAGAAUGACAUACUGUAUAUGAGGACCCACCAAGCUCUUCCUCGAGAUUCUGUUAUAGAAGAUUUACAUUUACAAAACAGAUACCUCCAAGAAAAACUUCAUGCUUUAGAAAAACAGUUUUCAAAGGAUUCAUAUUCUAGGCCUUUAACUUCAGGAAUAGAGUCAGAAGAUCAUUGUCAAAGAGAACAGGAACUUCAGAGAGAAAACUUGAAGUUAUCAACUGAAAAUAUUGAACUGAAAUUUCAACUUGAACAAGCAAAUAAAGAUUUGCCAAGAUUAAAGAAUCAAGUAAGCGAUUUAAAGGAAAUGUAUGAAUUCCUUAAGAAAGAAAAAGCAGAAGUUGAAAGGAAACUUGGCCGAGUUAGAGGGUCUGGUAGAAGUGGAAAGACAAUCCCAGAACUAGAAAAAACCAUUGGCUUAAUGAAAAAAGUAGUUGAAAAAGUCCAAAGAGAAAAUGAACAGUUGAAAAAAGCAUCCGGAAUACUGACCAGUGAAAAAAUGGCUAAUAUUGAGAUGGAAAAUGAAAAGUUGAAGACUGAAUUAGAAAAACUUAAAGGUCAUCUUGGACGCCAGCUGAGCAUGCACUAUGAGUCUAAGACCAAAGGCACAGAAAAGAUCGUUGCUGAAAAUGAAAGGCUUCGUAAGGAACUUAAAAAAGAAAUUGAAGCUGCAGAGAAAUUACGGAUAGCCAAGAAUAAUUUAGAGAUACUAAAUGAGAAGAUGACAGUUCAGCUAGAAGAGACUGGCAAGAGAUUACAGUUUGCAGAAAGUAGAGGUCCACAGCUCGAAGGUGCUGACAGCAAAAGCUGGAAAUCAAUUGUUGUUACAAGAAUGUAUGAAACGAAGUUGAAAGAAUUAGAAGCUGACAUUGCCAAAAAAAAUCAAAGCAUUACUGACCUUAAACAACUUGUGAGAGAAGCAACAGAGAGAGAACAAAAAGUUAAGAAACACACCGAAGACCUUGAACAACAGAUUGAGAUUCUCAAACACAUUCCUGAAGGUGCUGAGACAGAGCAAGGCCUUAAACGGGAGAUUCAAGUUCUUAGGUUAGCUAAUAGUCAGCUGGAUAAAGAAAAAACGGAGUUAAUCCAUCAGAUAGAAGCUUACAAGGACCAAAGUGGACCUGAAAGCAUCAAACCUGAUGCUGAUCAACUAAAGGAAAAAGUAAAAGAUCUAGAAAAACAGCUCAAAAUGUCAGAUCUAGAAAAGCAGCAUUUGAAGGAUGAAACACAAAAGCUGAAAAAAGAACUGGAAAAUUUUGAUCCUUCAUUUUUUGAAGAAAUUGAAGAUUUGAAGUAUAAUUACAAAGAAGAAGUGAAAAAAAAUAUUCUCUUAGAAGAGAAGUUAAAAAAACUUUCGGAACAAUUGGGAGUUGAAUUAACUAGCCCUACUGCUACUUCUGAACAGUUUGAAGAUGAAGAAGAAAGUCCUGUUAAUUUUCCCAUUUAUUAAGGGCCACCUACAACUGUAGUUUUAUUAAGCUACUUAUUAACUUUGUAAGUUAAAAUUCUAUCUGGAAAUAAACAGGUCUCUGAACUGUAGAAUUUCCUUUUCACCACCAUGUACCUUUUUUUCUAAGCCUUGAAUUUUUAGUACAUAAAGUAUGAAAUUAGCUUAUUAGACAAGUAUAUUUUUGAAGACUUUAGCAUAAGCUAUGAUUAUCAAAUAGGCCUGAGCUGUGGUGAAUCUGUGUAUUCAUGUUUUAGUUUCUUAAAAGAGCAUGAGGGUAAAUUUAAUAGUUUUAUUAUUUAAAUUUGGGAUUUCAUAUAUAUUAUGUGUUAUGAUAUAUAUAUAUAUAUAUACAGAGAUAUACAAUAUAAAUUAUGAGGUUGAGCCAUAUGUUUUGUUAAAUGUGCAGCAAAAUUAAACUUAAAUUACUUUUGGGAUUUGGAAAUAAAUCAUAAAAAAUGAUUCAUAUUGUUGUCUCUAAAUUACCACCCAUUUAUAGUGGGCAGAAUCCAGCCUUUGUACAAGCUUAGAAGCUUACAUUA